CACACGAGAUAGGUGCUUAGCACGCCCUUUUCCUCCAGUUGAGUUCGCGUAUUUUCAGUGAUUUGUGACACCUUGUUAAAACACCCUGCGGAUUACCUUUUAUCCAAGUACAAUGUGGAUACGAAUUUAAAAGGAUGUUUUGGAGACGUAUCAGGCCCUGGAUUGUGUUGGUGGUGGCAACGAUCGGCACAGUACAAGGGCAAUUCAGGUCUCCCAGGAUAAUCGAACACCCCUCGGACGUUGUCGUACCUAAGAACGAACCGGUCACACUUUACUGCAAAGCCGAAGGCCGUCCAGAGCCGUCCAUAAGGUGGUACAAGGAUGGGGAGUUCGUGAACACCAACGGCCCGGACGUCAAAACCCACAGAGUCCUCCUUCCUUCUGGGUCCCUGUUCUUUCUCAGGGUCGCUCAUGGGAAGAAAGAGCAGGACGACGGCGUCUACUGGUGCGUGGCCACCAAUCAGGUCGGCUCAGCGACCAGUAGGAACGCUACGCUGCACGUCGCAGUACUCCGAGACGAGUUCAGGUCAGUGCCAGUCGGGACGAGGGUAGCAGCAGGGGAAACCGCCCUCCUUGAGUGUGGCCCACCAAAAGGCUACCCCGAGCCGAGCAUACUCUGGAAAAAGGACGGAACUAUGAUCGACCUCGAGGCGUCCGACCGGGUGCGCAUAGUCGACGGAGGAAACCUGAUGAUCCGUGAAGUCAAACCCAGCGACGAGGGCAGGUACCAGUGCAUCGCGCAGAACAUCGUCGGAGUAAAAGAAACCACACCAGCCCUCCUCACUGUUCACGUGAAACCGUUCUUCUCGAAGGAGCCUUCGGACGUGACGGUCGUCGCGGACUCGAGCGUGGAACUCGAGUGCAAAGUCGGCGGUGAUCCCGUGCCGAAAAUCCUCUGGAGAAGAGAUGACGGAAAAAUGCCAGUAGGAAGGGCGAAGAUAACGGACGAGAAGAACCUCAGGGUAGACAGGGUUCAGCCUGAAGACGAAGGCGUCUACAUCUGCGAGGCGUCCAACCUCGUCGGGUCGAUAUCGGCCAAAGCCGCAUUAACCGUCCACUCCGCCCCGAAUUUUAUAGUAAAGCCAACGGACGAGACGGUGUCGUUAAACGGGAUAGCAGGCUUCGAAUGCCUCGCAGAAGGUAACCCGCGGCCGUCCGUCUUCUGGACGAAGGAGGGCAGCCAGGUACUCAUGUUUCCCGGGAACUCUUACGGCCGGUUCGCCGUGAGCCCGUCCGGAAGGUUGAGCAUUAACGGCGUCCUCAGGGAGGAUUCGGGUUUCCUCGUAUGCUCCGCGUUGAGCGUAGCCGGUUCCGCCACAGCUCGGGCAUUCCUGCAGGUAAGGUCCGUUGGUGACGUCCCUCCGCCGAUUAUCGAAGUGGGUCCUGCCAACCAGACCCUACCGCUCCACUCGCUGGCCACUCUUCCAUGCCAAGCGGCCGGCGACCCAAAACCAAAAGUCAAGUGGUUCAAGAAUGGAGGCCAGCUCGCGUCCAGCAAGAGGAUCAUCAUUUUUGAAAACGGAACACUCCAGAUUGACGACCUUGAAAAGAGCGAUUCUGGUCUUUACACAUGUACUGGAGUAUCUGAAAGUGGCGAAAGCUCUUGGUCCAGCUCACUUUCUGUCGAGGAAAAUCCGGGUGCCGAGCUGCACCGCAGUCCAGAUCCGAGCGUUUUUCCCAAACCCCCUUCAACUCCGAGAUUGUUAAAUUCGUCAGAAUCUUCUUUGACGGUAGCGUGGGAUCCUCCCCAAGGCACUACAACAUUGAUCGGCUACACCCUCGAGUACUACAGUCCCGAUCUUCAAACUGGAUGGGUUGUGGCUGCACAUAGAGUGAAUGCUCAUUCCAUCGUUGUUAAAGAUUUAAAACCAGAUACGAGAUACGUAUUUAUCGUCAGAGCUGAAAAUUCAUUUGGGCUUUCUGUCCCAAGCAAUAUAUCAGUAGUGGGAAGAACUUUAAGCAAAGAUUCAAGAGCAGUACCUCCCCAACAGCUCGAUGAGGCCAGAGCAAGGCUGGGCACAAAAGUGCUUACAUUAAUGGAACUUGUCGCGACAUCUUCUACAAGUGUGCGUGUCACUUGGGAGGUCCUCACUGGCGACGAGUACUUGGAAGGUGCAUACGUCAGGUUCAGGGAGCUUGCAGGCGGUUCUCAUAAGUACAAUAUGGUCACUGUGAUGAAUGCUGGUGCUACACAGUACACUGUAUCUAACCUGAGGAAGUUCACUAAGUACGAGUUCUUUCUUGUCCCUUUCUUCAAAAGCGUGGAAGGACAACCGUCGAAUUCGAAAAUUGUUCAAACUCUUGAAGAUGUUCCUUCAGCGACACCAACAGGCGUAUCGUUUGAAAUCAUAAACACAACUUCGGUGUUUCUCCGGUGGUCACCACCACCACCGCAGCACUUAAAUGGUGUCCUUCUUGGCUACAAGGUGGUCAUAAGGAGCAACACAUCCUUUGCUGAGACUAGUCUUAACACGACCACGGCAUCGAUGCUCUUGGGCAAUCUCAGCCCGAAAUCGAGUUACUCCGUGAGGAUUUCAGGAUUUACAAGAGCGGGACUAGGCCCGUACAGUCCAGAGGUUUCCAUCAGCACCGUUGAGCCGCUGCAACGCCCCAGAGCAUACCAACCAUCCACUCCGACAUGGCUUCUGGUUGUAACUGCCGGGUCUGCUUUAGUUCUCGGCCUUAGCUGCAUUACAGCUCUCUAUUUAAGAAGAAGACAACUAUCAAAAGAACUCGGCCAUCUCUCCGUAAGUGGAAAUGAAGUAUCCCUUUUGCAAGGAGCUGGAAAAGACACUUUUUGGAUUGAAAGGGGCGGAUGGGGUAAAGAAGGAAUUAACGGACAAGGAGAUUAUGCAGAAGUUGAUACAAGAGGCCUGACAACGUUUUGUAACGUUAGAAAAGACCAGCCAACACCAUACGCCACAACUACUUUAUUGAAUAGAAGGCCUUGUCCUGAACUUGUGCCUUUAUCAGAGACGAAAAUAGAAGAAGAACCACCGCAGGAAAACAACGAAUCUGGUCUUUAUUAUGAAUUUGAUUCAACAGGUGAAGAAGUCAAGACAAACAAACUGCCUAGCAAGUUCAAUUCCGCCGGAAAUGUUGCCAAUUGGACAGAAUUCUUGCCACCACCUCCAGAUCAUCCACCCCCUCACCACAGGACAACUAGAUCUAUAAAUCAGGAAAUGUGUGUAAGCCCACAAGUAUCAAGAAGGUGUCCUCCCGUACCACCGGCAAGAAACUAUUCUCCAGCAUGGCUCGAUUCGAACAACUCCGUGAACUCAGAGCCUGCUCGCAAGCAUUAUCCACCUCCGAUGCAAAAACCGCCUCCUAUUCCUCGAUUUAACGUGGGCCAUUCUCAGAGCAGCCACAGCAGCAGUUCUUCAUGCCCAUACCACAGAUGCAGCAAAUCACAAAACAGUGAAAACGCAUCCUUACUUUACCGACAACCUAUCAACAGUGAAGAAUGUUCUCACUCACAAGACAAAUGUGUUCAGUCAAUGGUGAACUGUAGAAACUAUAGAAAUGAUGAUUAUAGCGGACCAUGUUGGAAUGAGGACUGCAGUUCACACGCAAGCGAUACCGGGUGUUCGUGCAGCGAGUCAUCGUGUUUGUACUCUGAGGCGAAUCAUGCAGAAAUCUGCGCAAAUUAAUAAUAAGGAAGUACUUUUCACUCCUAGUAUUAAGCCCUGGAUGUUCAUACUUUUGUACAUUUCUGUAUAUUAUAAUUGUUUCGACGUGUAAUUUAUUUUGUAAAUUAUAUAUCAAUUUUCUUUUUUUUCUUUUAAGUUAUAGUUACCAAGUCAUUUGUACCCUUACAAUGUGUCAAUUUUAAAUGGAAUCAUGACCUUUUUCAGAAACUUUAGUCAUACAGAGAUAAGUCCAAUUUUUUGAACAUAAAUUUUCAAAAAAUAUUCUAACUGGGGUCCAAAAUUAGUCCAAAUCACAUCCGUCAAUGAACGUUUAAACUAUUGUACUGACACAGCUUUGGUAAAAAUUUUAAAUUUGUAUUUUAAUACAAAACAAGACAUAUCUCAAAAGGAUUAAUUUACGUUAAAAAUGUAGUUGCUUAGUCGCAUAGUGUAGGGCCAGUAUUGUAUUUUUCUUUUGGAAUUUGCUUUAUGAGAGAUGAUUACCAAAUGUAAUAAAAAAAAUAAAAAGUAAAUAGGAUCAUUAAAACCUUUGUUAUGUUGAUAGACUGAUAAUUUAUACAAUUUGUAUUAUUUAUAUUUGUAAAUAUUGUAAAUAUAUGAAAGCUUUCUUGUGUGUCCUAUUUUAUACAUGUUACGGGGAAUUUUUGUAUACAAUUAUAAUAAUUCUUUUUACAAUACAUUAUAACUAAUUA